UGCCACAGACAGACAGACCGGAGGAGGAGAGAGAGAGAGCAGAGCCUGGAGGCGGGUGCGCAGCCAGACACGCAGCAGCCGCUGUCCCUGAGAGCUUCAUGACAGCACCCAGCUCCCGGAGUUAGGAGAACCUCCACCGGCCGCCGAAACCCAAACUGAGCUCCGCGCGGCACCAACAUGCGAUCUGACGGCGGGUUUCAGGCCGGCGACUCACUCGUGCCUUGGCUGAGCCCUACGGGAAGCUCUGGCGUUUCUGCGCGCAGUCGGCGAGGGAGCGAUGUUUAGCUGGCGAAAAGAGUUUUUGGAUCUGUGCUCUGUCAGAUGAAAGCCUUACGACCUGUUUGACUUUAACGAGACGCGGCGCCAAGUAGACACCCCUCGGAUGUUGCCUUCGCGGGUCGAUAAGAAAAAAUAAAGCCGCUGUUCCUCCUCCACCUCUUCCUCCUCCUCGUCCCCGGCGAGUGUUUCGGGGGGAGUCCUGAGCGGCGGGGAUGCAGGUGAAGAAGCACCGGGACUCGGAGCGGAGCGGCGGCGCGCUGGAGAGCGACGCUCUCCGCAAAAAGUCAUCAUGCUUCUCAAACAUCAAGAUUUUCUUGAUAUCGGAAUGCGCCCUCAUGUUGGCUCAGGGCACCGUCGGAGCCUACCUGGUGAGCGUGCUGACCACCCUGGAGCGGCGGUUCAACCUGCAGAGCGCCGAUGUCGGAGUGAUAGCCAGCAGCUUCGAGAUCGGCAAUCUGGCGCUGAUCCUGUUCGUAAGCUAUUUCGGGGCCAAAGCACACCGGCCCCGUCUGAUCGGCUGCGGGGGAAUCGUCAUGGCCCUGGGAGCCCUCCUCUCGGCUCUCCCCGAGUUCUUGACAAGCCAGUAUGAGAUGGAGGAACGUCAGCGGACGGACGUGGGUCGGGAUGUGUGUUCCAACACCAGCUCAGGCGAGCUUCUGUGCUCCAACAAGGCGAAUACCAACAUGAUGUACCUGCUGCUCAUCGGGGCCCAGGUCCUGCUGGGGAUCGGGGCCACGCCGGUGCAGCCCCUUGGAGUUUCCUACAUCGACGAUCACGUGAAGAAGAAAGACUCCUCGCUGUAUAUAGGAAUCCUCUUCUCUACGCUGGUGUUCGGACCUGCCUGUGGCUUCAUCCUCGGAUCCGUCUGCACCAAAUUCUAUGUGGACUUCAUCUUCAUUAACACCACCAUCACUCCAGACGACCCGCGGUGGAUCGGGGCCUGGUGGGCGGGCUUCCUGCUGUGCGGUGCCUUACUGUUCUUCUCGGCUCUCCUGAUGUUCGGCUUCCCUCACUCGCUGCCGACGAGGGAAAGGGAUGAGGGCGCCGAGAGCGAGCAGGUCAUGCUUCCUCCGUCUCUCAGCCAAGAGUAUGAGACUCCGAAGCCCAGCAAUGGAGUUGUGCUCAGCCAUGAGGCUGCCAACAGCCCCACCUGCUGUCAGCAGCUGAGAGUGAUCCCUAAGGUGACAAAGCACCUGCUGUCGAACCCCGUCUUCACCUGCAUCAUUCUGGCCGCCUGCAUGGAGAUCGCUGUCGUGGCGGGCUUCGCAGCCUUCCUGGGAAAAUACCUCGAGCAGCAGUUCAACCUCACCACCACGUCUGCCAACCAGCUUUUAGGCAUGACGGCCAUUCCGUGCGCUUGUCUGGGCAUCUUCAUGGGUGGCCUGCUGGUGAAGAAGCUGAACCUCUCAGCGUUGGGAGCCAUCCAAAUGGCAAUGCUGGUCAACCUGAUCUCCACCGCCUGCUACGUCUCCUUCCUGUUUCUGGGCUGCGACACCGGGCCGGUCGCUGGAGUCACUGUCCCAUACGCCAACGAGACACUAAACGUGGGGGAGAAACCAGAGGCCCAGUGCAUCAGCCACUGCAGCUGCCUCACCUCUUCUAUAAGCCCCGUGUGCGGCUCCAACGGGGUCACCUACCUGUCUGCCUGCUUCGCCGGCUGCACCCGCACUGGAGCGUCUCAGACCGCAUCCAACACAUUGCAGAAUCUGACUGGUUGCACCUGCAUAUCUUCCGAAAGUGGACCUGCCACCGCGAUUCCCGGGAAAUGCCCGAUGGCAGGUUGCCGGGAGGUUUUCCUCAUCUUCCUUUGCGUGAUCUGUGUCUGCAGCCUGGUUGGGGCCAUGGCCCAGACUCCAUCUGUUAUUGUCCUGAUCAGGACCGUGAGUCCUGAGCUAAAAUCAUACGCUCUGGGAGUAUUGUUCCUUUUGUUACGACUACUUGGAUUCAUCCCGCCUCCUCUGAUCUUCGGCACCGGGAUCGACUCCACCUGCCUCUUCUGGAGCUCCGACUGCGGCAAAAAGGGCGCCUGCCUGCUUUACGACAACGUGCGGUACAGGCACCUCUACGUGAGCCUCGCCAUCAUCCUCAAGGGCGUGGCGUUCCUGCUCUACAGCACCACGUGGUACUGCCUGCGGAGGAACUACAAGAAGUACAUCAAAGGAAGCGAGGGCAACCUGACCCCGACUGACUUUUACCCGUCACUCAGCGACGGGGCCAAAUCCGUGGACAGGACAAAGUUUAUAUACAACCUGGAGGAACACGAGCUUUGUGAAAAUAUAGAGUCUGUUUUAUAAGAAGUAUGUCGUUAUUCCUUCGUCUGUUGAAAAGCUAAAAGCCCGUUCGGGUCUGAGGUGCACUCCAGGAGCUCUUCGAAAAGGAUCCAUUCUAGUUCUUUGAACCCGUGAGGUGUUGUCAGUGAAUUCCUGCCGUGCCUGGUGGACAAAGAUGACGCCACAGCUCCAGCUGGGUCCGUCACGGUUGUUUACUAGUGCAUAGACGAGAAGCUGCGACGGCUUUAGCUACCAUACUGUUUUAGGUCCGUCACGACCCCGCCGAUCUGUGUGGGAAGAUGACAGCCUGAUCUCAGUCAGCACUGUGUGUUCUGUCUGUUACGCUAAAAAAGUAAGAUGUUAUAGUUUAAAAAAAAAUUUUUUUUUAAAGUUGCCAAGUGUUUACAAAGGAAUUGCUGAUGAGUCACUGUACGUCACUUCACUUCGGUGAAGCCGGGUUUCUUAUAAGAAGAGACCAGAAUCGCCCGGGCCAGAUUGGACCGGGGUUAUAAUAGUGGCCUGGUAGAAGUCUGAUAUAUGUAUUUUCUUUUCUCGGUGGAUCGUAAAAACUGCUUUUGAUACUUUCUUGGACUAGACAGUAAAGUCUUGUCACAUAGGUGCAAUUCAGAUCCAAUUUGUCCGUGUUUAUGACUUUAGCCUUCUUCUACGACUGCAGGUUUGUUUGUUUUUUCUUCUCACUGUAGCAGUUGGUUUCAUAUCAAUUUUGCAGAGUGCAUUCAGCCUAAUUUGUCUUAAAAGGGAUUCAGUAUAUCAAAGGAAUUUAUAUAUUGUUUCUGCACCAAGCGGAGACACAGAGAAGAAAAUCUAAGGUAAUUAUUUUAUGUGUUUCAACAUUCGUGUUAAUUAGAUUAGAAGUCAUAUGAGUGGUUCAUUAGGCCUAUGAUGUUUUAUUAGAUUAUAUCAGCUAAGAACAGUAUAUAUUAUCUAUGAAUUGUUUGCGUGUCUUAUGUCACAAAUGAUUUAUGAAAGUUUAUAUAGAAUGAUAAAGGUAUAGUUCACUAUUGUAAACAAAAGAUCAGGAAUGAUCUGUGUUUUCCCACUCGGCCUCUAGUGUUUAGCAUAAAAGGCUGCAGAGGUGGUUCUGAAGACUUGGCUCACUAGAUGAAUAGUGAGUUUAUUCCUGUAUUUAAACCUGACACGGCACUUCAGGUCACUUUACUAGUCACUCUGCAGUUACAGGUUUGUCCCUUUUCUUACACUUUUUGUAUGGCAACAUAUUGUUUAUUUUACUCUGGCAAUAAAUUAUUUUUCAGAAAAUUCACUCAAAUUUAAA